AGAAAAGGCUUGAAUACGCAAAAUUUCAUUUAGCAAAGUGAAACACUGAGGAUGGGCAAAAAGAAAAGGGCGUUCAAUUGGAAAGCAAGGGAACAAAACGAUACUGUCAUUGACAGAUCGGCUGAGAAAAAAAUCAAGCUCGACAAAGAUGUCUUAGGAGAGGACAGUGACAAUGAUGGAGACAACAUGUUGGUCCUGCCAUCAGAAAAGAGGAAGUCAAAAACUACAAAAGAAACUAUCCAUAUAGUGAAACGACUCAGCAAGAAAGAAAGAAAACAACUUAAAAAUGUGCUACAGCAAAAAGAAAAGAAAGCCAAGAGGGCUGCCAUAUUGGAAUCUCUAGCAAAAGUGCAAGCAAAACCAGAGGAAAUGCAGCAUUUUGUUGGAGUUGCUGCAAUGCAGUCUGGACAUUUAAAAAGAGAAACAGAAACCCAACAAAAAAAAUUAGCAGCUGACUCCAAAAUCAAUUUUGUGGCUGGAAGCAAUAAAAAGACCAAACAUAACCGAGGGGGAGACAACUGUGAUGCUGAAGGGGAUGACAGUGACGCUUCAGAGAGUUCUAUAGACACAUCAGAUAUGUCAACAGACGAAGAGCAAGAAGAAGCUGAAGCAGAUUCAAAGAUAAGUGAUGAAGGUGUUAAUGAUGAAUCUAAAACAAGCAUCCAUGAAAAAUGUGAGACAGGAGAAAAGGAAAAAGACAGUGUAAAGAAUGAUAAAAGUAUGACUGAAAAAAAGGUAAAAAUGGAUAAAGAAAAAGGAGACAAAGAAAGUAGCAAACCUGCAGUAAAUAUUCCAGUCAUCAGGGAUAAAGACAUCCAGGAAGCAAGAUUAAAACUACCUAUUUUGGCAGAGGAGCAAAUAGUGAUGGAGGCCAUUAAUGAUAAUCCUGUAACAAUAAUUUGUGGCGAAACAGGGUCAGGAAAGACAACUCAGGUUCCUCAGUUCCUGUACGAGGCUGGAUAUGCCCAUAGUGAUGGCAUCAUCGGAGUAACAGAACCACGUAGAGUGGCAGCUAUAAGUAUGGCUCACAGAGUUGGCAAGGAAAUGAACCUGUCUACCAGUGAAGUUUCCUAUCAAAUCCGUUAUGAAGGAAAUGUCACUCCAAAGACUAGGAUAAAGUUUAUGACAGAUGGUGUGCUUCUUAAAGAGGUUCAAAAGGAUUUCCUGCUGAUGAAGUAUAGUGUUGUAAUUAUAGACGAAGCACAUGAACGUAGUGUGUACACUGAUAUACUGAUUGGUCUCUUGUCAAGGAUAGUGCCUCUCAGACACAAGAAAGGAUCUCCCUUGAAAUUGAUUGUAAUGUCAGCAACUUUGCGAGUUGAAGACUUCACUGAAAAUAGCAGACUUUUUAGAGUGACUCCCCCUGUGGUGAAGGUGGACUCUCGGCAGUUUCCUGUUACCAUACAUUUUAACAAGAGAACUCCAUUGGAUAAUACAUAUCUUAAUGAGGCAUACAAAAAGGUUUGCAAGGUUCAUCGUAAGUUACCUGAAGGAGGUAUCCUGGUUUUUGUCACUGGUCAACAGGAAGUGAACACCUUGUGUCGCAAACUCAGACAGACCUUUCCAGCUACCCAAGGCGGUAAAAAGCAGGAAGACAAGAUGCUCAGUAAAAAGAAGAGUAAAAGAACAGAAUCUCCAGAGAAAAAAAAUCUACCCAGGAUCAGUCUUGACAAUUAUUCAGUGGAGCCAGCUGAUGAGGAACAAGAGCGAGAAGGAGGCAGUGACUCUGAGGCAGAGUUUGAGGAAGGUUCAGAUGAGAGUGACGAGGAUAAUUUAAUAGAGGAUGAUGGUGGAUGUUCUGACCCUAUGUAUGUACUGCCACUCUACUCCAUGUUGUCUUCUGAUAAACAGGCAAAGGUGUUUGCUCCACCUCCAGAUGGUUACCGUUUAUGUGUUGUGGCAACCAACGUAGCAGAGACAUCCCUCACCAUUCCUAACAUCAAAUAUGUGGUAGACACAGGCAAGGUAAAGACGAAAUUCUACGACAAAGUAACAGGUGUGUCAACGUUCCGAAUAACUUGGACAUCCAGUGCCUCAGCCAACCAGAGAGCAGGGCGAGCAGGACGAACUGGGCCUGGCCAUUGUUACAGAUUGUACUCCACUGCAGUGUUUACACAUGACUUUGAGAAGUUUUCCCCAGCUGAAAUAACCAGACGGCCUGUGGAUGACCUUGUCUUACAGAUGAAGGACAUGAACAUAGAUAAAGUGAUGAACUUCCCUUACCCAACACAACCCGAUGUGGAACAAAUCAAGGCUGCAGAGAGAUUGCUGGUCUCAUUAGGAGCUCUAACAGCACCUGUGUCACGCCCUAAAUCCCAAUAUAAAAGUAAGGUGGAACCAAGUCAGAUCACACCCCUUGGUAGGGCCAUGGCCCACUUCCCAGUGUCUCCACGGUUCUCCAAAAUGUUAUCCCUAGGACACCAACACGACCUCCUCCCGUACGUGGUGGCCAUGGUCGCUGCAUUGUCGGUAGCUGAAAUCUUUGUGGAGCUGCAUCAGCCACCAGAUGAAUCAGGAGAGAAAGAUGAAUUUAAGAAGAGAUUACAUCACUUAAAGCAGAUUCAGAAGAUGUGGGCUGGCACUGGUCAUUCACUGUUGCUAGGCGAUUUGACAGUGCUGCUAAAGGCGGUGGGGUCAUGUGAGUACCAGGGCUGUACUCCAGAGUUCUGUCAGAAACAUGGGAUACGCUUUAAGGCUAUGAAGGAAGUCCGGAAACUCCGUGUACAACUUACAAACUCAGUAAACACUGUGAUACCAGAUGCCAACCUUUGUGUUGAUCCGAAACUUGACCCUCCUAAUGACCUUCAGUCCAAACUCCUGAGACAAAUUAUCUUGGCUGGUCUUGGUGACCAUGUAGCCAGAAAGUACCCAGACCCACCACCAGGAGCUGAUGAUGAAGCCAAAAAGUUAAAAUAUGCUUAUCAGUGUGCCGAGUUAGAAGAGCCUUUGUUUAUCCAUCCCUCCUCUGUGCUAUACAGACAAAAUCCACCUUACCUGGUGUACCAGCGUAUAGAGGAAACUUCCAGGUUGUAUAUGAAAGGACUAGUAGCUGUGGAGCCAGAGUGGUUACCAAUCUUCUGUCCAUCACAUUGCACAUUUUCCAAGCCAUUGGAUGACCCAGCACCAGAAUUUGAUGAGAGCAAAGGUGAAGUGAGAUGCCAUAUGACCAGUACAUUUAGUCGCUGUACCUGGGCACUGCCUGCUAUAGAAAUGGAGUACCCUCUUACACUGGAGAAAUACAAAUGGUUUGCAAGAUUCUUACUGGAGGGCAAAGUUAUACCUGGCCUUGCUAAAUUCUCUACUAUGCUGUUGUCUUCUCCAUCAACAAUGGUCAAGACCUGGGCAAAGUUACAACCAAGGACAGAGGUCCUCCUGAAGGGUCUGGCUGGUGAGGGAGUCGACAGCAGGGAGAAGCUUCUCAACAAAUGGAAGGCACAGCCUACCUAUCUAUUUGAUGCCUUCAGCCAGUGGAUACCCCAGUCAAAUCAUUUUGAGCUAGAAGCAGCUUGGCCACCAAUCACGUGACAGAAAGCCAAAUAAAACUUUCAGAGUCAAGGUCAAAUUCUACAGAAUGAAUUUUUUAAUCUGAAAGACAAGAAUUAUCAGAACAAGUAACUGGACCAUAUGGUUUACGGAGGAAAUGAAUCUUGUUUAACAGGUUAAAGGGAAAUUCAGCUGGAAAUACCAUAUAGUAUUUGGAGACACUGCAGUGAUACUACUCCUAUGUGACCAAAUGUUGAUCUUUUUUUCAACUUGUCAUUUACAACUGACAGCUCUGACUUCAAGACGUAUACUGUGUCUUAAAAAGCACAUAGUAGACAUUAUGUCGCUGGAGAAAAAACUUGUGAACUGAGGCCAGGAAUGAGCAGUUUCCAUCAAGAUAAAAGUGUUAUUGCACAUCUAUUUGCUAAUAACUGUGAAGUUCUGAAGGGAAAGCAACAUUGAUGUGAUAUAUACAGGUCUAUCUGUGAUAGAUUGGUUUUGAGCCUUUCAUUAGGUACUAAUACACAGGUGGAUUGGUACUCCCCUAGCCCAGGGCUAGUAAGCUGUCAGUGGAAUACAAAAAAAAAAAAAAAGAAAACAUUCUUACUGUGACAGUUUGGACAAUAUUUUGUUUUUUGUUUCUUUUUUUUCAAAAAUUGUUCAAGCUAUACAAUGUUGACUAGAAAUUAUUUUUGUGACUGAUGGUAUAAUGAUGAUAGUGCCAAAUUAUCUCAGUAAAAGACAGGAAAUCUUUUAA